AGGACUGCUGAGACCCACCUUUUUUUUCCUUUCCUCUUCUGUGCUCUUGCCAUCUGAGAUCCCCCUUACUCCUUUUACUAUUAAUAAACUUCAGGAUGCCACUGCAAGCAACAUCCAAGAGUCAAAUAUACUGCACUUUGCAUCAGCACUUUGUGCUGUUCAGACAUCUCAGUGCACACGUCCUUCUUUCUGCUGCUGUUCUUUCCUAUUGAAGACCCCAAGAAACCAAGUGAAAAUCUAACAAGAGAAGGACAUUCAGAUUACAUCAGCUCUGAAAGAAAGAGCAUUACAUUGGCCUAUCAGGUUCUCCUCCAAGAAAAACUCAAAACCUUUAAUUUGCGACAAUGCCACUAUCUGGAACUCCAGCCCCAAACAAGAGGAAAAAGUCAACAAAAAUCAUCAUGCAGAUAAUCCCAUCAGGAGAAGGAGAGCAGGAUGUCUCCAGACUUAAUUUAGGGAAGAAGAUCAGCGUUCCCAGGGAUGUUAUGCUGGAGGAGCUAUCAUUACUAAAUAAUAAAGGCUCCAAGAUGUUUAAACUUCGUCAAAAGAGAGUGGAGAAAUUCAUCUAUGAGAACAAUCCCGACGUGUUCAGUGACAACUCAUUGGACCACUUCCAGAAAUUUAUACCAUCUGUUGGAGGACAAUUAGGUGUCAGCGGACAAGCGGGUGUUGGAGGAGGUGGUUAUGGAUUAAUACAAGGUAGUGGACGAUUUGUGUCCAGCCUGUCUGGAGGACAACAUGGGCAUGGAGGUCAACACCCACCUGUUCCUCCACCAAAGCCAGGAAGCAAAGGCGCUGCUGGAGGUCAGCCAGGCAGCGGUGGCAGUGGAGGACAAGGAGGCAGCGGAGGUGUAGAUGGUGCAGGAGGACAAGAUGGCCAGUCUAGCCAACCAGGAGGUGAAGGUGGGAAGCAUAUCACUGUCAUUAAGACCUACCUCUCUCCCUGGGAAAAAGCUUUGGGGGUCGACCCACAGCAAGCAACACAACUAAAUAUUAACUUACUGGAUUUUGGUGCCAAGGCUGAACUUAGCAAAUAUAAAUCAUUCAACAGGACAGCAAUGCCUUAUGGAGGGUAUGAAAAAGCAUCAAAACUGAUGACUUUCCAGAUGCCUGAAUUUGAUGUUGGCCCCGUGGAACCAGAGCCUGUAACUGUCUUCAACCCCAAUGUCAUCAACAGACCAUCCUUCAACAGGACACCAAUUGGAUGGUUGGGAUCUGGUGAGGGUACACACUACAACAUAGAACUUAAUGUACCCAUUGAUGGUGAAACUGAUGAACUGUAAAGUCUUGGAUCUCCAAGAGAAAAAAUCUGUAGCCUGUAGGUGUACAACAAUUUACAGAUAUGACCUGUCCCAGUGGCCACCAACCUCAUUAGGCAAUGUGCAAUAAGUUGUGACUACUUAUCAGCCAAUGGCACAGGUCACAUCAAUGCCACAUCCUUAUGUGCUCUGUUUAAAGAAGCCUGGCUUUCUAAUGUAUGUUGAUGUAAACUAUAGCUCUCUGUGAUGGUUUAGUUUAAUGAAAAACAGGAAAAGUUUAAAGUUUAAAAAGUUCAGUAAGAGAGGAUUAAGAAAAUGUAAAAAAAGACAGCAAGUAGAAGACAAUGAACGCUUAAUGUUUUAUGCAGUGUGGCAAGAAGGACAGACUGUAAAAUGUAACCUAUUUAUUCAAACUCCAUGCUCUUCAUUUACAACUCAAUAAACACGUACAGUAUC